AUGGAGGACACAUGGCGGGAGCAGGAGGGCAUGCGGGGCGUGGAGGAGGAGCUGGCGGAGGUGGUGGACAUGGACAUGGACAUGGGCAUGGGAAUGGGCAUGGGCAUGGAGGAGGAGCGCGGAGUCUCGUUUGCGCAUCCGUAUGUGGCGGCGGAUGGCGAGACAAAGUACUCGCUGCCACCUGCGGCGUAUCCCCCGCCAGGCGCCGUCCCUCCUCCUGUGCAUGUUCGUGUCUGGGUCGAUGAGUUUACCUCGUGGGAUGUGGCUACCCAACUAGUGGCCCUCUACACGCUCAUAACCUCGCUCUCGCUCACUCUCCUCACCGCCCUCACUGCGUGGCUCCCGCUCGCCUCCAAGCGCGACUUUGUAGCAGAGCUGCCGGGCAACAUCGUCCGCUCCAUCCUGCUGUAUCUCGACAUGCGGACGCUGGCAAAGGCCACACAGGUGUCACGGGCGUGGCGCGCUCGCGCUGAAGAUCAGCAGCUGUGGGAGGGCUACUGCAAGGCCGGCUGGCCCAUGCACGUUCGUGCCCGCCUUGUGGCCCAGGAGGAGGCUCGUGCUCUGGCGGCAUCGGCAUCAGAUGCCGCAGACUCGCUGGUGUUCUGGAAGGACGUUUUUCGCGAGCGUUACGUUGUCGACGCCGGCUGGGAGCGCGGUCUGUUUGCGCAGAGCGUGCUCGCCGACGCCGUCCCGCGUCGGUGCUUUGACUUUGACGACGACGUCGUCGCUCGCUCUGGCAAGAUCGUGUCCGGCGGCUUCACCAGCGUCUACGUCACCGACCUGUACUCGGGCGAGCGAAUGUCGUCUAUUGACACCCAUCACUCGUCGUGGAUUUAUUCGCUCCGCUACUCGACCGCCUUUGACGUGCUCGUCACCGGGUGCUGGGACGGCCUCGCGCGGGUCUUUUCGCUCUCGUCGGGCAAGUGCCUCGCACAGCUCGAGGGCCACAAGGGUGGAGUGUGGUCCAUCGCGCCCGACUUUGCCGGCAACAAGGUGGUCUCGGCCUCUAACGACGCCACGCUCCGGGUGUGGGACAUGAACACCACGGCAUGCCUCAACGUGCUGCAGGGGCACGCCUCGGGCGUGUACGAUGUCCAGCUCGUCAACGAUGGCGUGCUCUCGUCGUCGCCGCUGGUGAUCUCGGCCUCGGCUGACUACCAUCUCAAAAUGUGGGAUAUGCGCGCGUCCGGUCGCGAGGCAUGCGUUGCUACGUUCAAGGGCCACUCGGACGUGGUCUCGUGCUGCCAAGUUGACGGCACCACCAUGUUCUCUGGCUCGCACGACGGCCUCGUCAAGGCGUGGGACUUGGCGGCCGGCAAGUCGGCACCUGUCGCCAACUUCACCGGCGCACUGCACCGCAUCAAGUGCCUUCAGUUUGACGACGCCAAGCUUGUUGCUGGCUCGACCGACGGCACUGUCCGGUUGUGGAAUCGGCGCGACGUCAAGCUCGGCUCUGGCGGCGGCUCGGCGUACGACAACGCGUACGAGCCGAUGUACACGCUCUACGGCCACACGUCCGAGGUCUCGGCCCUUGGCUUUAACGACAACAAGCUGGUCACGGCCUCACGCGACAACACCCUUCGCGUUUGGUCGGUCGUAGCUGACUCGGGCCUCAUUGCCGAGCACGAGGCAGCCAAGGCCUCGCUCUCUGCCGCCGACGCCGCCGCCAUCCGCACCGCACUGCCAGAGAACCCCAAUCCGCUCUCGCUCUCAGUUCUUGUCUCGGACUCGCCAGGCAAGACGCCGAGCUCGCCUCUCAAGUCGCGUAUGCGUCCGUCGUCGGCCUCGCCGUCGCGCCGCCCGCGAGCUCGCCCGUCGUCGGGCGCUCGGCCGCAGACCUCGUCGGGCGCCCGCCGGCGGCAUCGUGACGAGUAG